CAAAUUUAGUCAAACAACACGCUUUUUUGUCUUGAUCAUUUAAAUUUUAUGCAUCUUUAGUCAGUCUGUUUCUUUAUUAAUUUGGAUUUUUUGAGUGUCUUGUGAGAUUAAUCAACAUUCAGUCUUCAACUUUAUUCUAUCCAGUAUUAUUAAGAAAUUGUGAUGGCAGAUAAAGAUAAACCCAAAGGAAAAUCUCUUACCAAUGAACAGAUCUUAGCUGGUUUUAAUCAAUUGAGGCAAGCUCAAAGGAGUAUCAACAAUAAAAUUAUCGAAUUAGAAAAUGACCUGAAUGAACAUGUUUUAGUCAUUGACGCUCUGAAAGCAGUCGAUCAAGAUCGUAAAUGUUUUCGUUCCAUUGGAGGUGUUUUGGUUGAAAGAAAUGUGAAAGAAAUUCUUCCAUCUGUGAUAGAAAACAAAGAAAUGAUUGCUAAGACAAUAGAAGCACUGAAAUCUAAGGUAGUCGAAAAAGGACAAGAAAUCAACGAUUACAUGGACAAGCAUAAUAUUAAAAUAAGACAAGAACCUUAUGACAAGGGAGAAAAUCCACAGGAAAGUAAACCUGGUACUCAAGCCUCCUCAUCUGGUAUAUUAGUAGCCGAUUCCUCGUCGGUGGCGAAUCCUUCAUCGUCAUGAGUCACAAAACUGUCUCAAUAAAUUUCCAGGAUUGUUUUUUAUUUCCGCGAUUUGCUUACUUAUUCAUAUUGCAAAACAUGAGAUACACAAAAUAUCUAAUAUCUAACAAUUAAACUAAAUUGAAGUAUAUUCAGCCCAACAAAUAUAUUUCAUUGAAUGGAUAACGUUAGGCAAAUGAUUAUAUUAUGUAUUCAACAGAAAGUUGAGGUCUAUAACACUACUGAAGCAAAGAAUAUGCACCAUUAAUAAUUUA